AUGACGCAAGACUCGCCGGGCAAAACCUCGUCGGGUACAGAUUGGUUUAAAUUCUUCGGCAGUGGACAGAAGAAAGUCACUCGAGAUGGCCAGCCAGCCAAACGAAGAGGCCCGAAACCGGAUAGCCGGCCGGCCCUCACCCGACGGCAGGAGUUGAAUCGUCAAGCUCAAAGGACGCAUCGUGAGCGCAAGGAGCAGUACCUGCGCUCUCUGGAGACGGAGGUGUCCCGACUCCGAGAAGCCUACACGCAGGACAUUUCGGCGUCAAAUUUAACCGUACACCAACAUCGAGAGAUGGUCCGAUCCUUGUCGGAGGAGAAUAGUAUUUUGAAGGACAUCCUCGCGAGCCAUGGGAUCAACUACGAGGCAGAACUCGAGCGGCGCAAGGCUGAGCGCAAAAGCCCGGGGUUUCAGUCCGGUUCAUUUGCCAGCAGUAGUGUCGGCUCCCAGCCGCCCAACGUCGCACCGUCGGCGAGCAACAUUUACACAACUUCUCCGACUACAGUGACUCCUCCAACGGCCGUCUCCGUUUCCUCGGCUGUGAGCCCCGGCACAAAUGGGGUGCAGCACGUUGAUGCGUCGCCCACCCAAGAGCUUACACCACUGAACCAGGGCUGCUGCAAUGCACCGUGCGAUGCCCUGGCGACGCUGGACCGGAUGGCUCCCUCGAGUCGCCAACCGCGGCAGCCAGACGGGAUCUUCGAAGAGGAUCCGCAGCUGCAGAUUGACUUUAUUUUGACUCUGGAAGGGCCGUGUCGCGAACAUACCGAUUAUCUGUGCCGGCGGUCUAUUGCUGAGGCCGACGACGAGGACAUGCCGUUCUCGGGGCAUGCCCUGAUGGCGACCUGCCCGCCGCCGAGCUACAUUUCAAAUACCACACACGAACAAACGUAUCCGCAUAAGACAUACGAUCUGCCGCAUGCCAACCUGACCACUCUGCUGAAUCUCAGCCGACAGCUGGUGACCGAUGGGCAGAUCACUCCCAUCAUGGCUCUGCAGUGCCUCAAGAAUCACGAGCUAUACCGCACGUUGACGCGAGACGACGUCAAGAUUAUUAUAGAGACGCUGAACACUAAGGUCCGGUGCUAUGGAUUUGGGGCAGUCGUGGAGGACUUCGAAUUGAUGGACUGCUUGAGUAGCGUGAUCGGAGCCAAGGUUGAUGUGGGAUUUUCUCAGGCGACAGACGACGUGUUAUACUCAUGA